AUGUCAAGCUCCUGGCUUGUGGGACCACAUUUCUCUGGAAGUGCGGAAAAUAAGGUGCCAUAUUGCUUAGUGAACCCUGAUGAAGACAAAGAAGUGAGACCAGAGGUGACGACUAUGGCAACAAAUGUUACAGAGAAGACUAAACUUGGCACUGCAAGAUUCUCAAGGUUUUCAUCAUGGACCCGUCUUUUGAUAGCACUUUCCUGCAUAAAGCACAUUGCCAAUAGUUUCCUCUCCCGUGAAAACAAGUCAGACUGUACUGUAUGGCAUGUGUGUUCCAAUUCACAGGACGUUUCUCACCACAGUCAAGCUGCAGUUAUUAUCUUGAGAGAGGUACAGAAAGAACAUUACGCAGAUGAGUAUACGUCAUUGGAGAGAGGGAGACAACUUCACCCAAGCAGUCCAAUUGGCAACUUAUCUCCUCUUGAUGAGCAAAAGGUCAUGCGAGUAGGAGGGCGACUGAAGUUUUCUGAUUUGCCCCAUAUAGAGAAGCACCCUGUCAUUCUCCCCGAAAGUCAUAAUGUAGCAUGCCUACUGGUUGAACAUUUCCACAGAAAGGUACGUCAUCAGGGACGCCACUUCACUGAGGGGGCUGUACGAGCUGCUGGAUAUUGGAUUGUAGGAGGGAAAAGGCUUAUUUCCUCAGUAAUUCAUAAUUGCGUCACAUGCCGUAAACUACGUGGAUCGUUUGAGACCCAGAAAAUGGCAGACCUGCCUAGAGACCGUCUAACCAUUGCACCCCCCUUUUCCUAUGUUGGUGUUGACACCUUUUGCCCAUGGCAAGUUGUCAGCAGGAAAACUCGUUCUAGUCAAGCAUCCAGUAAACGAUGGGCCAUCAUUUUCACAUGUUUAGCUGUAAGAGCCAUUCACAUUGAAGUUGUUGUUGAAUUAUCGUCAUCAGCAUUUACGAAUGCAUUGCGUCGCCUUAUUGCUAUUCGUGGACCUGUCAAGGAAUUCCGGUCAGAUCGGGGCACCAAUUUCACAGGAGCAAUAGACCUUCUUGAGAUAAACUCAAUGAGUGUGGAGCAAAAAGCCUUCCGCAAGUUCUUGAAUGAUAGUGAGAUCAUUUGGCGCUUCAACCCACCACAUAGCUCUCAUUUCGGAGGUGUCUGGGAGCGCAUGAUUGGUGUUUCCAGAAGAAUUAUUGAGCAAAUGCUCAUGAACGUGCCACAUUUAACACACGAUGUGUUAGUCACAUUCAUGGCCAAAGUAUGUGCGAUUGUUAAUUCCCGCCCUAUUACACCUGUGUCCAGCGACCCGGAGAAUCCUGAAAUCCUCACUCCAGCCAUUCUACUUACACAAAAGUCAGGUCCCGUUACAUCUUGUGCAGCAUAG